UUUUUAUAACAGCCGGAUUUCCCGUGCCUUCCUUCUAAUCCCCGACACCCUCUCUCGCCCUUAUCCAAAUCCCUUAUUCCACAGUGCAAAUCAUCGCAUAAGAAAGAGAAAAGAGAAGAAAUAAACGUCCGCAUAAUCCUCCCUUCUCCGGCUUAUCUCCUUCCCCCUCCGCUGUCUCCUUGAAAUUAAUAUUAUUCCACUAACCUCGUUUCUUCCGCCUCUCCCUAUUCUCCAUUCUUUAUGUAUAUGAUACAGCCCUCCUCCUCCUUUCGCUUUUUCCUUUCCAAUCUCUUACCUUAUUCCACUUAUUCCCGGGAUAACUCCACGCCCCCCUCAUCGAAGCCUUGGAAUUAUGAGCAAGGGAAGCGGUGAAACGAGCCGUCUGGGCCGGUGCCUGCGGGCGCCGCUACGGGCUCUCGGUCGGGCGCGGGACAUGUACGUGCGGGGCAUCACGGGGUGCGCCGGGCACGUCCGGUACGGUGGGGCGAUCGGCUAUCCGACCUUCGCCUCGAUGCCGAGGAGCUACAGCCUCGGGUCGGCGAGGACGAGCUCGAGCGACGAGGACCUGAGGGAGCUCAUCCGCGCCGCGUCGCUGAGUCGCGCCGGCUCGCUCAACGCCGGCGCCGGCGCCGGCGUCGUGCCGAGGAGCCAGAGUGUCGCGAUCGGCCGGAUCGAGGAGGACAAGCCGUGCGACUUCGAUGACGACGUCCGGGUCGGCUCCGAUUUGCUGUUCCCCCGGAGCCGGAGCUGCGCCGUUGGGGCCAAGCGACGUCCGCAGUGGUUCGCUUGAUGUGUUCGGAUUCGGAUUCUGAUCCGGAUCCAAGAACGUUUCUCUUUUUUUUUUUUUUUUCCUGUUCUUUUCUUUUCUUUUUCUCUUCACGUUUUCUAGAUAAUGUCUGGGUGAUUUGAUUCCGAGGAAGUCCGGCUUGUUGGAUUCUUUUUAUUUAUUUUUUUAAAAAAAUGUUUCUAAUGGUAA